AUGUCUCUAAUAUCCUUGUUGGUCUUCGCUUUCGUGUUACGGGUCGUCCGUUCCCUAUCGAUCUCGAUGAAGGAAGCGGUGAUGGAUGUAGAUUAUCUUCGUGUUGUUGCUGUUGCGCCGAAGUCUUCGAAGACCCAACAACUACCACAACAACCACGACCACCACUACUACGGAGCCGACAACGACGCCUGAACCAUGCGGAUGUUGCUGUUGCUGCGAAGUUUACGAAGACCCAACCACGACGACGACAACCACCACCACCACGACAACAACUACAACUGAGGCACCAACCACUACAGAACCUCCGAGACGAUCGUGCUCUUGCUGUUGCCAACGAAGAGGAAGCUGUUGUAGGCGUCCAGAGCAGCAGUAUCUUGGAAGAGCCGGAACCCCUCGUCUGUCCUGAUGGGUGGAUCAGCUACCAAGAUUCGUGCUACUACGUCGAGUCGAGCAAGAUGAGUUUGGGCCAGGCUGAGAAAGCAUGCAAUGAGAAGGGAGCCACGCUAUUUGUCGCUGACUCCACUGAAGAAUUUAGCGAAGUGAUGAAAGAGACACCGCCAUACUUCUGGAGCUGGAUUGGACUUGGACAGUGCGCAACUGACUCAUUCCCGCGGUGGCAAGUCGCCGGACCGGACGGCUCUUCGCACAUGAGGUGUGCCAUUGCGAAUGAUGACUUCGGAAAGCCGUCCUUUGUUGGCUACGAUGGAUUGGAUCCUCUACAAUUGAAAUGGUUGAUCCUUCCAUUUUCGCCCGUACCUAAUGGAUGGUCCUCGUUUGCCACCUGCGUCGGUUACUACAAUAUGAACAGCUAUUCAAGCAGUUAUCUCUACUUUUACCCAUGUUCCUCGCUCUUCCACUCUGUUUGCGAGCGAAAUUUGACACUUACUAAUUUACUUUGA